AUUAAAAGUUUAUGUAAAACACUAGAAUUGGUGAUUUUUGAAAGCAAUUAGGCCAAAAAAAGAACACCAACUUUAGUUUCAGACAUUGCAGCAGAACUCACCAACUCCUCCUCCAUCUUCUCUCUCUACACUCUUUCAUAACUUUCUCUCUCUAGUAAACCAUGGCAAUCUGUUUCUUCUCACCCUUAAAGCCCCUCCCACUCUCCCCUUUCCCCCACACCACAAAAUCCUCCCCUCUCCUCCGCUGCAACUUCUCUCUCCCCACCACCAUCACCACCACAACCGAACCCGAACCCGUUUUCACCUCCGUCAAGUCCUUCGCGCCCGCCACCGUCGCCAAUCUGGGCCCCGGCUUCGACUUCCUCGGCUGCGCAGUCGACGGACUCGGUGACUUCGUAUCCGUCACCGUCGACUCCUCAGUCCACCCGGGCGAGAUAUCAAUUUCCGAGAUCUCCGGAACUCAUGCAAGUAAGAAACUUUCCAAAAACCCUUUAUGGAACUGUGCUGGUAUUGCUGCUAUUGCCACCAUGAAAAUGCUUAAUGUUAGAUCAGUGGGUUUAUCUUUGACUCUUGAAAAGGGUCUGCCUUUGGGUAGUGGGUUAGGGUCCAGUGCCGCCAGUGCCGCGGCGGCCGCGGUGGCGGUUAAUGAGAUUUUCGGUGGGAGAUUGAGCGUUAAGGAGUUGGUUCUUGCUGGGUUAGAGUCUGAAGCUAAGGUGUCUGGUUACCAUGCUGAUAAUAUAGCACCAGCUAUCAUGGGUGGUUUUGUGUUGAUUCGGAAUUACGAGCCCUUAGAUUUGAUGAGAUUGGAGUUUCCUGAGGGGAAAGAUUUGGUGUUUGUACUCGUGAGCCCGGAUUUUGAAGCGCCUACUAAGAAAAUGCGGGCUGCGUUGCCUACUGAGAUUGGGAUGCCUCAUCAUGUUUGGAAUUGUAGUCAAGCUGGGGCGUUGGUGGCGUCUGUAUUGCAGGGCGAUUUGGUUGGUUUGGGUAAGGCGUUGUCGAAUGAUAAGAUUGUUGAGCCUAAAAGGGCGCCGUUGAUCCCUGGAAUGGAGGCUGUGAAGAAGGCUGCUAUUGCUGCUGGGGCGUUUGGGUGUACUAUUAGUGGAGCUGGGCCUACUGCUGUCGCAGUGAUUGAUAGUGAGGAGAAAGGGAAGGAGAUUGGGGCGAAGAUGGUGGAUGCUUUUCUGCGAGAAGGGAACUUGAAAGCUGUGGCUACGGUGCAGAGGUUAGAUAGAGUUGGUGCUAGACUUGUUGCUAGUGUUCCAUAUAGAUGACGAACUUUGUUUUGUUUUUGUUUUUUUAGCUUGUUCUCCUUUGUUUUGUUUCGUUUACCACUCUUCAUUGGUUGGAAUUUUUCUUGAAGAUGCUUUCUAGGGGUAGAUGGUAGUUUUGGAGAAUGCAAAAUGAGGAGGAACUGUAAUCUAGUGUUUGCUGGAUUUUCUAAUGCCAUUAAUAAAAGGUUUCAUCCCAAAUUCCAAAA